AUGCUUAGAAGGGAAGCAACUACCAUCAAACUAUCAGCAGAGGAUGUAUUUGAUUAUGAUGAAUCAUUAGAGGAGAAACGUUUACAACAACAACAAGAAAAGCAGCUACAACAACAGCUACAACAGCAACAGCAACAACAACAACACCCAUCACAUCUGAAUGAAUCGACAAUUAUCAACCAGCCAACAAAUCCUGCUUCUGACUUCAAUUCAUCAAACAUCUUACAAGAACAGUUGAAUAAUACAGAUGAGUUGUUGCAGGAAUCACGAACCAGGUCCAAGAAUGAACGGAUUUUAUAA